AUGGAUGACGUGGAUAAUUAUAUUUUGGUGGAAUCAGAAAACGAGAACAUGGAAAACAAUAUGAACCAACUGGAAGAUGAAAUGGUAGUAAGCCCAAGUCGGGAAGGCAACAGAAGUGGUACUACAAGUGGCUCUUUGAAACGUCAACCGACAAUUCAGAUGGGAUGUAAAGCUAGAAUAUCUACAUCUUCGGAUAUUCAUGGCUUUUGGAGAAUCAACACAGUCUGUCUACAGCACAAUCACAAAACAAGUACGACGAAAUCGAGGUUGUAUCGUUGCAAUCGGGAACUGAGUGCGCAUGUCAAAAGGAAGCUUGAAGUGAAUGAUCUAGCUGGCAUUCCAUUGCACAAAUCCUACAACGCGGCAGUGGUGGAAGGAGGUGGUUAUGAGAAUACGACUUGCAUAGGUUGUAACUAUAUUGAGCAAGUUAGGCAACUACGACUUGGAUCAAGGUGCUCAGGUUUUUACUUCAGCAUGGAUUUGGAUGACGACUCGCAUCUUAGGAAUGUAUUUUGGGCAGACAAUCGAUCUAGGCAGGCAUUUAAGGAGUUUGGGGACGUUGUUACAUUUGAUACCAUCUACCUGACCAAUAAGUAUAACAUGCCAUUUGCCCAUUUUGUGGGCGUAAAUCAUCACGGACAAUCAGCACUGCUGGGUUGUGGUUUGGUGUCGAACGAGGAUACAGGUACUUUCGUGUGA